GAGUUACAAGAGGGAGAGCGAGGGAGAGAGUAACAGAAGGGUCUGAGUGCAGUGCUCUUGCUGGGAAACAGGCAAUGCCUGUUAGUUGCGUCUCUACUGAGCGGCACAUCAGUUGGGCUGCAGCUACCAGGAGAGCCGAGCACCGGCAGUGCGGGGGACAGAGCUGCUGAGCACAGCACGCUACACUAGAGCAGACGAGCGUGCUUAGCGAAGCACAGGCAGAAAACAAAUUGCACACUUCACAGAAGAGAAGCUGAAGAGAGUGUCAGGGUGAGAAAAGUUACCAGGUCAGCAGGAGUGGAAGCGUGGAAGUGGAGCAGCUGAGACCGACUGAGUUCCCACUCGCAACUGGGAAAGUAGCUACCAAAGAUACAGGAAAACAUCACUUUGCCUCAAGAGAUGAGUAAUAGUCUUAACAGGAGCCUCCUGCACAGCGAUAAGGACAUUGAAAGCAAGACAUCAGCAGCAAGCCUAAGCAGUACAGCUCCACUCACUUCUUCACUGGACUCUUUCACACUCAAAUUACUCAGCUCAGCUGUGUGAUUUGUGGUGGAUGUUAUUUGAUUUUCAUCUUUGCAUUUUCAUCCUUUCUUCUGGUUGGGAAGCAGCGGAGACUUGGAGGGCACGUUGUUCUGUCCUGUCCUCUGAGACUAUGUUAGACUGUGCGUCAGGGAGCUCUUCAUCAGCAGCUGCAGCCCUAGAGCAUGGAGAAGUCCAGCAGUGAGGAGUCAGCCAUACAUCGUAGCCCUUCAGUAGAUAGCUGUGACUCUGAUUUCCCUCAAGCCUCCACGUCUGGCCGCCCAUUUGGUGGCCGCGGCUUCACUGCCGGUGCUUUCUACGGCUCCACGGGGCCACGUAAAAACACACAGCAGGGUCAGGCUGCAACAGCAUCAGCUGAGGCCAGCGCAGGAGACAAGAGCAACAACAAAUACAGCUCACCCAAAGGGAGCAAGUACGUGGUCUUUUACCUGGAUCUAUCAUUUGUCUUCCUUUUAGAAUUCAAGAAGUUUAACAUGGCAAGAGGCUGCCUCUGCUGCUUGAAGUAUCUGAUGUUCAUCUUCAAUCUCAUCUUCUGGUUGUGUGGCUGUGGGCUGCUCGGUGUGGGCAUCUGGCUCUCUGUGUCUCAAGGCAGCUUCGCCACCUUCUCGCCCUCAUUCCCCUCACUGUCAGCUGCCAACAUGGUGAUCGCCAUUGGCGCCAUCGUCAUGGUAACAGGCUUUCUCGGUUGCCUGGGUGCCAUCAAAGAGAACAAGUGCCUGCUUCUGAGUUUUUUCAUCGUCCUGCUGAUAAUUCUCCUGACAGAGCUGAUAUUACUCAUCCUGUUCUUUGUGUACUCAGAUAAGGUGAGUGAGAAUGCUAAGCAAGAUCUGAAGGACGGGCUGGCUCUGUACAACUCUGAAAACAACAUUGGCCUGAGAAAUGCCUGGAACAUCAUCCAGGCAGAGUGGAAGUGCUGCGGCGUUAUAGCCUACACCGACUGGCAUGAGGCCCUGAAAGAGAAGGUCGUUCCUGACCGCUGCUGCCAGGAGCAUUACCAAAACUGUGGGCGUAACUCUACCAACAUGUUCUGGAACCGGGGCUGCUUUGAGAAAGUAGAGGAAUGGCUUGAUGACAACAAGCACCUGCUGGGAACCGUAGGAAUGGUCAUCUUGGUAGUGCAGCUUCUGGGCAUGGCGUUCUCCAUGACACUCUUCCAUCACAUCCACAGAACAGGGAAGAAGUACGAUGCCUAGCCCCAGGAGACUCGAUGGGAAGGAACUCUGAUUAAAUGUGCCCCCUCCACCCCACCACCGCUGCCACUACAUUACAACCAUCCUUUGACUCUGUUCCCAGACUGUGUGCAGAUUCCAUGUGUUGCCGCUCUGGGCUCUCCUUUCACCACUCAUUUUUGCCAAAGAGUAACACAACUGGAAGACGAGAAGGGACUAGUAAUUUGGCACAGAAGAGAAUCCUGUUGGUUGUCACUCCUUCAUUUUCUUUUUUCUUUCUUUUUUGCUCGGAAUAACAAUUUGCUGGAGGGAACUACAUACAGACACUAAGACAUUGAAGACUUUUGCAAAUUCUCCCCACUCAUUGGGGGGGGGGGGGGGGGGGACAACAUAAAUCUCCUUCCCACUGAUUUCUUGUGGAGUAUUUGUCUUUCCUUUAUGCUUAUAAAAAAAAAAAAAAUCAACCCCAUUUUUCUUUGUAAAUGGAAAAAAAAAAUCCAAAAUGGCAUGCUAGUUUUCUACUUCACCAGCUUACCUUCAAAUCCUUUAGCCCGCAUUUUUUUCCAAAUACUUUUCGUAUGUGCGUGGUAUGCUCCUGUGGAAUAUAAGUUCAAUGUAGUGUGUGUUGGAUUUGAUGUGAGGAGCAUAGACAUGUCAGGAUGGUGUUUAUUAUGAUCCAUGAGUCAUAUAUUUUCCUUUUGACAAGCAUUUUUGGGUAAAGUGAGUGGGAUUGAAGGAAGUUAUUAAAGGGAGAGGAAUCAUUUUGUACUAAAUUCCGCUUUAUUCUUGGGAUAAUGGUACAAAUCUACGUGGGAAAACACACACACACACACACACACACACACAGCCAGAUACCGGUAUCAACGCAAUUCCCACUGAGACAAUAUCAAUUGUGUAAAAUGGUUGCUUAUUAAAGCUCCGCCAGGACUGUGAAGAGAAAGAUCCUGGAUGAUGAAAUUCUCCCUUUGAGAGCACACACUAAAUUUGGUGUAUGUGUGUGUGUUUUAUCACAUUGUUCCACACUGCAAAGGUAAUAAAAAGAAAAGCAUAAAAACGCAGAGAAUCAUGGACACGAGAGGCAAAAAUAGUAUUUAUGCUGAUAUCAUAAAUUGUGCCGGUGGAUGCGGCAAAAGGUUUGCUUUUUUCAUAAUCCAUUGUCACACACUUGUCCCACCGUCAUCAGUCUCACUUUGUCUGGAGGUAAACUCUCCUCCCCUUUAUCUUUGAAUUUCCUCACUACAAAGUAGCAAUAUGGGCACACAAAAGAGAGAAGAAAAAAAAGUCAAAUCAUGAAGGAAAGAAGUUGCAAUGCUAUGAGAAAAAAAUAUAUUUUUUGAGAAAAAAAAUCUAAUUUUGUGCGUGUGAAUGUCAAAAUUCCCAUUGGAACAUAAAUGCAACAGUCACUGCCAUAGUCAUCAUCAUUUUUAUAAACAAACCCAACAAAAGAGGGGAUUUCCUCCCAUAUUUCCCAUGCCUAAAUGAAUCCCGACUUUCAGAUAGCAUCCCAGAUGAUGUUCCCACUCAUGACACACCUCUGGCUUUUCCACAACUCCUAUUCCCGUGCCUUGUGCUUCCUGGCAGCCGGAGGAGAGGGCGGUGGGAGAGUAGGCUGAUCAAAGCUGAGACGAACAGCUAUAGCAGCAUGCCCUAAAGGAAACAUCUAUUUGGAACUGUUUAUCACAUAUUCCCAAAGAAGCUUGACAAUCGUCCUUAAAAUACUUGGGGUUGUUCCUGUAUGUGUGGUGCGGUGGCUUGAAGGGAAAUGGCCUCAGGUGGGAAGCGCAGGAAACAUCAUUCCAUCUCGAAAGGCCUGUUUCCACCAAUCAGUGCGGAUCGGUUUACUUCAGUUUGGUACGGAACACAUUUCUUUUUUCGUCCCCAUCGUCAAACAGGAAAUAAGCAAUCUGUAGUCUACCGCAUUUGGAGAUUUUCUCGACGUUCCCUUAUCAGAAUAUGAUGUUACUUUUCCCACUUUCCAUUGGUUUUAAUAUCUAGGAGAACAUUUUUGUUUUUGUUUACUUUGAUGUACUUUUUAAUCCUACUUAUUCCUUUUUUUCCCCAGAAUAUUUUGCCAUUAACAAUAAUGUUUAGCAUCUUGAGGUUUUCAUGGCCAAGUGCAAAUCCUGUCGACACUCAAUAGCUCUCUACGGCAUACUGUACAUCAAUCAGCAGUUCAUAUGAUUGAAAAUGCAAAUGUAUCUAUCAUUUUUGCUAUUUAAAUCUUUUUUUAUUUUACAGUGUUGCGAUAAAGUUGCAUUAAAACUCUGUGUAAGGUUGCCUCGCACACAUUAUAACUCCUCUUACCGACAGUUUUGCAUGCCUUCCUGUUGUCUCAUGUUCUCAAUCAAACUGAGAGGCCAUUUACUCAAGAGGAGAUGCGUCUUCGAAACUAAUGAGGAAAGAGUUACACUUAAAGUGAUUUUUAUUUGCAAAAUGUACAAACUUCCAAUAGAUGGCCACGUUUCGCAAGUAAGAGAAUUAGACUGGCAUGCAGCGACACUGCUGGCACUGAUGCACUUCGUGGUCCAUAUACUCCAACUCGACUGCUCAUGUCCAUAGGGUGGAACAUGACAGCUGCUGAUGUACAGCGCAGGCACGAAUGGCCACGGCUCCUCCGCUUGGCCGCUUGCGCAAACUCUCGGCACAUCCCUUAUUUACAGUCGUACUCUGCAGACAGGCGGCACUACGCGCAGUAGAAAGACUGCCGUGGGGGCCAUCCCGAACCCCGGAGAGAUUGGAAACAGCUGUGACAGUUCAGUCACUCAGACGGCAUGUUAGCCUGACUGGAUGCAAGAUGUUGAAUGCAUAUUGCAGUACUGCCCAUACAUCCAUUUUCUAUACCGCUUGUUCAUGUGGGCGAGCUGGAGCCUAUCGUGCUGACUUCGGGGCGAGGGGCUCGGUACACCCUGGAAUGGUAACCAGCCGAUAGAAAGGCAAAUCAUUCACACUCACAUUCGCACCUCUGGACAGUUUAGACUCUUCAUUUAACCUAACAUGCAUGUUUUUGGAGCUGGAAAACCUAUCCAAGAAAGGCGAGAAUCUGCAACAUCCAUACAGAAAGACUGGAGCCAAAAUUCCAAACCAGAACCUCAAGACUCUGAGGUGUAACAAGUGUUACAAGUACUAAACACUGUGCUGCCUUGUACUUCUGUUACAUGAAGUUAAUAGUGGGAUAUAGAAGUAAAAACAAAAUACAUUUAGCGCCACACAUUUGCUACACGACCGCAAAAGUGCAGAUCUGAAAUGCUCAUGUCAGCAUGAACUCCCUCUCAACUCUUCAUGGCUUUGUAAAGGUUCCUACUCAAUACAUGGAUGAAUGCUGUUUCAACAAAACAUGUUUGAUAGCUGUUAUUUUUCUGCGUCGGCUGUCGCUGUUCUGCUUUUUUGUUUUUUUUCUUGAAGGCUCUCCCUACUGCCUAUUUCCCCUCUCACAAUGAAGACCCAUUGUGACAACAUGACAUCAUUAAGUGUUUGUUUGCUAAGGGAUUAGUCCAAUUUAAUGUUCCUCUCUACAAGGUGUAAAAAUGUUGCUCUGUCUUAACACAGCCUCUGGCACAACAAACAAUUAAAUCUAAUUUGAUAGAUGUGGAACUGUGUCAUGUCGCACUGCAAAUCCCACAAAGUCGAAUUUGACGGCAUAAUCAGCAGCUUCUGCCUUCUAAAAGAAAAUGCAAGAGGCCCCAUAUUAAAUAGCAUUCAGUUCAUUAAAUCAGCUUUUUACAUUAGCCGUAAAUGUAGAGAUGAUUGCCAUUCCGAGGUACAGUAGAUGCAAAGAAGCUCCGGGGUUUGCCCUACACUGUCAUUUCUGUGAUGCUACUGGUACACACUCAGAAAAAAACUAUCGUACACGUGCAUUUCAUUGCUGUCAAAAUGUCAAUCCAAACAUAGACACUUUUAAUUGGACAGUAACAGUUAACAGCGAACCUGGAAAGCCAAGGUCAGAAGCUAACGUAAAUAAAAAAUCAAGGAAAUAUAAAGGUUUGAGUCCUGAAAUGAUUCAAAACAAGGCCAAAUUUUGAAUCCAAGUGAAGUUCCCUCUGAUGGAUUGGUAUCUUUUAGCUGAAAAGGACAAUAAAGUGGCACAAACGUGUAGGACAUUAAGAAGUCGCAAUUUUAUGAAAGAAUGUUGACAUUUUGACAAGUUCCAUGUUCCAAAUUAUUCAUGAUACCCUUUUCUCAAUGUAAUUGUCUGAUAACAUCAGAAGUAUAAAUAACGAAAGAAUAUAAAUAACAAUGAAAAUGGCCAAUAUAUUUUAUUACCAUCUCUAACACAACUUGUGAUUUUAAUGUGCUGCACAUUCUAUACACUCACUGCACAAACGUCACAUUAAGGCCGAGAGAUUCUGAGAAGGUUUACUAUUUAUAGAACACUCAAGAAGGUGAUAAAAGGUUGUUAUGGCAAUGACAUGAUUUUUGAAAAUGUCCUUUUAGGGUUACAUAUUUUAGUUUCUUUGAAACUACUGAAUGCAUCCGGUUCCAUCCAUUAAUCCAUCCAUCCAUUUUCCGAGCCGCUUCUCCCCACUUGGGUCACGGUCGUGCUGGAGCCCAUCCCAGCUAUCAUCGGGCAGGAGGCGGGGUACACCCUGAACUGGUCGCCAGCCGAUCGCAGGGCACAUAUAGACAAACAGCCAUUCGCACUCACAUUCACACCUACGGGUAAUUUAGAGUCUUCUCAUUUUAAAAUGCAAAACAACGCACUAAUUCUUCAUUUCCUCAUGUGUGACAGCUGUUUUGUAUUUCUCAAGGAUAGGAGCAAUGUACAUUUAUGUAAAUGUCUUUUUGUUAGUAUUUCUUUUUUUUCAAAUGUCAUAUCUGACUGCCUAAGCAUCUUGCAGUUUUUUUUUUUUUGCCGCAAGAACGCACAUGCAGUAACUUGCUUUCGUCUGCUGUGGAGCUUCUUUUUUUUUUCGCCACUCCUAAUUCUCCAAACCCCCUGUGCUUAAACUGAAAAUCUGAGAUGUGUGCUCUAAAAAUGGUGUGUUUGAUGUUGGGUUCUGUUGGAUGGCACUAUCUGAUACCUGCCAGCAGUGUUUGUCCUGUGGAGUCAUUUUUCCGCUACAUGUGAAAGCACUCUGAACUUACCUUGGCUUUCUUCUGAAAAUCAGCUAUUUUUUAAAUAAAGGAACCUGUCACAAAACUC